AAUUUAUUUGCCGCCUCAAUUUGUCGUCGCCACUCGCGAGAUUCACGUCGUCAGUGCGGAAAAGCCCGUGUCCCCCGAAUAAACAACUCCCAUAUUUCGUCUUUCGAUUUUCCGAAGAAAGGAAAUCUAUUGCUACCGGCUAAAAAAAAUAUAUAUUUUUAACGCGUGUGCUUUUCUAUAUAUAUUUGUAUUUUUUUUUUGGAGCUACAGAGUGUGUUUCUUCGAUUUUGGGGCCAGCAAAAAGUGCUGAAAGUGCUCGUGGGCACACAAAACGCUGCACCUGUCUCACCUGAGCGCUUCAAGCCACAAAAGUGUAAAGUGCAGCGCGACUCUUUGCUUUUGAGCCGAUUUUUUUUUGUAUUAUUGUUAUUUCGAGAUCCGAGAUUCAGCAAGAAUUCUGCGAGCGUGUGCGUGUGUUGUUGUUGUUAUUGCUGCCGCGCUCUAAUUGCCAGGUUUUGUGUGGAGAAUUCUUUGGCCGCUUCUUUUUCAUCUACUUGGGACGCCCGCACCGCAAAUGAGCUACCUGUAAAAAGUCGGCAGUAAAAUGAUGACGAUGACAGCCACCUCGGCCUCGAUAUCCACAUCCGCAUCCGCCUCCGCAUCCGCAGCUGCAUCGAUAGCCAAUUCGGCGUCGACGGACUGCAGCAGCAGCAUGCAGGGAUCGUCGACCAGCUCGGCGUCCAGCGAUGUGAUGACCCUGACGACGACGGCGGCCUCCUCGUGGUGCGCCAUCCCGUCCAGCUGCCGGCUGCGGGUGCUCCGCCUGGUGAGGCCGCACCAGAGGCGCCUGCUGGUAGGCGGUCCGGAGCGGGGCAGCACGUACGGGUUCGCGGUGCGCGGGGGCAGGGAGCACGGCACCGGCUUCUUUGUGUCCCACGUGGAGCACGGCGGCGAGGCGCAGCUGAAGGGUCUGCGGAUUGGCGACCAGAUAUUGCGGAUCAACGGCUUUCGCUUGGACGAUGCCGUGCACAAGGAGUUCAUCCAACUGGUGGCUGGCCAGGAUCGGGUCACCCUCAAAGUGCGAGGAGUGGGAAUGCUGCCUGUGCGGGACCAAGCGGAGGAGCGUUUGUCCUGGAGCGUGGUGAAGUUGCCCAGCGUGAGCGGCACUCCGUCGGAGAGUUCCUUCAAGGGCGAACGGCGAGUGGGGACAUCGGCCAGCAGGGACAUCAGCGUGGUGCUCCAUGUGGCGCCCAGGACGAAGCUGGGCCUGGGCAUCUGCAAGGGGCCCGAGUGGAAGCCGGGCAUCUUCGUGCAGUUCACCAAGGAGCGCAGUGUGGCGCGGGAGGCGGGCCUGCGGCCGGGCGACCAGAUCCUCAGCGUCAACAGCAUCGACUUCUCCGACGUGCUCUUCAGCGAGGCGGUGGCCGUGAUGAAGAGCAGCAGCAAACUGGACAUGGUGGUGCGCACGGCGGCGGGCUGUGACCUGUUCCCGGGCGAAUCCAGUGGCUACAACAGCUCGGCCAGUUCGGUGACCGGCGAUCAGAGUCCCUGCUGGGCGGAUGCCAAGUCCAAGCGAUUGACGGCGGUGAGGGAGGAGUCCGGCGGUGGCUCAAACUCAGGAUCUGGAACGGCUGGUACCAACUGGUCGCCGGGCGUCGAGGUGCACAAGCAGAUGAACAAGACCAUUAUCAAGCUAACCGAGAACGGGACCUCGAUAAACAACACCUACAUAGCCAGUUCCGGCGGCGGUUCCGUUUCCGGUUCCUCGGCCAGCGGCACUUCCGGUCGCAGCCAGCACACGAAUCCCUCUCGCCAUUCAACCACCAUGAAGCGCAGCCACCUGAGACCAGUAAACACUUCGACUUCAGGAGUGGGCCUAGCCGGAGGAUCAGGAUCAGGAGCGGGAGCGGGCGCCACCGCCGUACCUGCUCCGCCGCCACCGGCCAUCGGUGAAGGAGUCAGUGCCGGUGGCUCCGUGGGCAGCAGUCUCUCCAGUGCCAUUACCGAGGAGCUCAAGAAGCGCAAGGAGAAGCAGCAGCAGCAGCAACAACAACAGCAGCAGCGCAACAAUCGCGAUCGAGAUAGAGAUCGAGAUGGAAAUGGAAAUGGAAACGUGGAUCGUCAGCUGGCGGGGCACAAUGGAAACGGAGUGGGAAAUGGAAAUGGAAAUGGAAGUGGAGGCCACCGCAACGCCGGCGGCCAAGUGUCGCAUCGCCAGCGGGCGAAUGUUGCUGGCGUGGCUGCAACAUUGCAGGGCAGCGAACGCAUCAGCAAUUCGGGCGGAGGAGGUGGAGGCGGAGGAGCAGGUGCAGGUGCAUCCAACGGCGCUGGUGGAGAUCAGCACACGGCACUGAUGGAUGAAUUCAAGCGGGCUCACCAGCGAAUGUUCAGGAACGGGUUCCAUGAGAGCGAGCACAAGGUGAGCAACCAGCAAUAGCAAUAGCAACAGCAACAUCUAGCAACAUCAAAAUCGCAGCAGCAUCAGCAGCAGCAACAUCGGCAAUUUAUCGAUUGUCGGCUACUUGCAAAGGUCAAGAGAGCUGGCUCAGCAGACACUGCACUUGUUGUGGGCCAGGGGAACUCCUCCUUCCUCCCUCCUCAUCCAAAAAAAAAACCCCCUUUCCCAGCCCCAUUGUUGAUAGUCGUUGGUGGAUACUUGCAGUUACCCAACGGAGCAGCAACUCAAGUGGCUGGCCACUUGGCGGAAUGAAUAGUUGAGGGGGGACUUGAUUAUAAUGAAUUGUGGUGGCCCCCAUUCAGCGAUGGCAUCUUAUCGGCCAGAUCGAUAGGCGCCGUCGCAGCCGAUGGCUCAGAUUGCCCAGAUUGCAUCGGCCACAUA